UCGUCGCCGAUCGCACGAUGUGACGCGCCGCCCGAGGCAGGCCGGGCCCUGAAGAUGGCGGCGGACACCCCGAGCGGCUCGGCCCGGCAGUAGUGGCGGGACGGCACUCGCCGCUGGGGCCGGCCGCCCCGGGAGUGGCUGCAGCAGCGCCAGGACUCGAGGAUGGUAAAAUGACCCAGGGGAAGAAGAAGAAACGGGCCGCGAACCGCAGUAUCAUGCUGGCCAAGAAGAUCAUCAUUAAGGACGGAGGCACGCCUCAAGGGAUCGGCUCUCCCAGCGUGUACCACGCGGUCAUCGUCAUCUUCCUGGAGUUCUUUGCAUGGGGCCUGCUGACGGCGCCCACGCUGGUGGUCUUACAUGAAACCUUCCCUAAACACACAUUUCUGAUGAACGGCCUCAUUCAAGGAGUAAAGGGUUUGUUGUCAUUCCUCAGCGCCCCGCUUAUUGGUGCUCUCUCCGACGUCUGGGGCCGCAAGUCCUUCCUGCUGCUAACUGUGUUCUUCACGUGCGCCCCCAUCCCCCUGAUGCGGAUCAGCCCGUGGUGGUACUUCGCCGUCAUCUCCGUCUCCGGCGUGUUCGCCGUGACCUUCUCCGUGGUGUUCGCCUACGUAGCAGACAUAACGCAGGAGCACGAGCGGAGCAUGGCCUACGGACAGGUUUCGGCCACAUUUGCUGCCAGCUUGGUGAUCAGCCCCGCCAUCGGCGCGUACCUGGGGCGGGUGUACGGGGACAGCCUGGUGGUGGUCCUGGCCACGGCCAUCGCCCUGCUGGACAUCUGCUUCAUCCUCGUUGCUGUGCCCGAGUCGCUGCCCGAGAAGAUGCGGCCGGCGUCCUGGGGGGCGCCCAUCUCCUGGGAGCAGGCUGACCCCUUCGCGUCCCUGAAGAAGGUGGGCCAGGACUCGGUCGUGCUGCUCAUCUGCAUCACGGUGUUCCUCUCCUACCUCCCGGAGGCCGGCCAGUACUCCAGCUUCUUCCUGUACCUCCGACAGAUAAUGAAAUUCUCCCCGGAGAGCGUGGCUGCAUUUAUAGCAGUUCUCGGCAUUCUGUCCAUCAUUGCACAGACCAUCGUCUUGAGUUUACUUAUGAGGUCCAUUGGAAACAAGAACACCAUCCUACUGGGCCUGGGGUUUCAGAUACUGCAGCUGGCGUGGUACGGCUUCGGUUCAGAGCCCUGGAUGAUGUGGGCCGCAGGGGCCGUGGCCGCCAUGUCCAGCAUCACCUUCCCGGCCGUCAGUGCCCUGGUCUCGCGGACCGCUGACGCCGACCAGCAAGGUGUCGUCCAGGGAAUGAUAACGGGAAUCCGGGGGCUCUGCAACGGCCUGGGCCCAGCUCUGUACGGCUUCAUCUUCUACAUCUUCCACGUGGAGCUGAAAGAGCUGCCGAUGACGGGGGCGGACGUGGGCACCAACACCAGCCCGCAGCACCACUUCGAGCAGAACUCCAUCAUCCCCGGCCCCCCGUUCCUCUUCGGAGCCUGCUCAGUCCUGCUGGCUCUGCUGGUGGCCUUGUUCAUCCCGGAACACACCAACCUGAGCCUGCGCCCGGGAGGCUGGAGGAAGCACUGUGGCGGGCACAGCCACCCUCACGGCACGCAGGCGCCAGGAGAGGCCAAAGAACCCUUGCUCCAGGACACAAACGUGUGACGCCGCCGCCGGGGCGGCUCUCCCCCUGCGCCGGGGCUGAGCUCGCACCCGUGGCCCCAGCGGACAUUCCACUCCCAUCCACGACGGACUGUCAGGGUGUCUUAACCAACGCGUCUGCAUGGGCUCUGUGGGGACUCCAGGACGAACCGGACAGUUUUCCAAAGAUGUUACAAUUUUUUUGAAAAGGAACCUUUUGUUUAUUAGAACCAAUUUCUUGCCACUAAACUGUUUGUUUUAUUAUAUACACCCUUUAAUUAAAAACUCUAUGUGUAACUUCUUAUAUACUAGCAACGUCUCUGCUACCGUUUCCUGCAGGUGUUGAGCUUUAACUACGUGCCGACUCGCAGCAGACAGAGUGGGAAGUGCGGCCACGGGCCUGUUGUUUUUAACCUUGUACAGCCUGGAGUUGGAUCUCAUCGUUGUAAAAUCUUGGGUCAAAUAAUUCAAAGCCUUAAUGCAGAUACACUAAAGAAAUGGUAAAUUGUUUGCAUUAAAAGAACAACUCAAGAAAACUGUACUAAAUCUGAAUCAUGUUUCAAACUUGUUUGCAGUAAUUUUAUUUUGAACAGUACUCACUACUGGUUUUUAAGAAAACACGAGUCAUGUAGAAUUUCACUGAGUUGGGGUGUUUAGAGCCUGUCCAUCUCGAUGUUGGCUCGAAGCUGCCCCCCAGUGACUUGCACCACUGUUCUUCGUGUUCAUGUGCUCACGGGGACCUCAGCACUCGAGACCGCAUCUAAACAGCACACGCCGUCCGUGUGCUGCCUACGUGCAGAUAGACAAACAUAGUGGCCUUUCGGGACCGUCACAGUAACACUUCCCUUACAGAGCUGGUGUCUGUCCUAGGUUUUCAGGGCCCUAGAGGAGAGCUUUAUACAAUUACCGAUGUGAAUUUCUCUAAAGUGUAUAUUUUUGUGUCCAGUUAUAUUAUUUAAAAAAGUGUUACUUUGUAAAAAUUGUACAUAGAGUACUGUAUAGUCUACACAGUUUUCAUCUUGUGUGUAGUUACUGCUUAAUGCUUUUUAAACUUGGAACAUUCACUUAUGGUUACAUAGGUCUCAAAGAAAUGUAAAUAUUCUGUUAAUAAAAUUAAAUAUUUUAAUGAUUUUUUUUAAAAACAAA